AUGAAUUGGGGUUGCUGGCAAGAGAUGACCAUGCUCAUCUCCAGGGUCGACGAGCUGAACAAAAUUGCACCGAAGCUUCCGCAGAAUAUUGUAUCUUUCAUGUUCCACUUGCACGCCUCUCUAGAGUUGUACCAACAGGGCCAUAACUUGGCCACAUCAUUGGAUCAGCUCCUCUCCAUCUUCCCCAACUCUUCAUUUUUGCUUACGUGCAAUGCUUUGUUAGCGUACCACAGCAAAGACUUGAUGGCCGCAGAGCAGCGCUUCAGCACCUUGCUUUCGCAACACCCACACCGUCUGGACUCCUUAGACCAUUAUUCCAACAUCUUGUACGUUCUCAAUCUGCGCCCUAAACUUGCCUUCCUCGCCCAUCUCUGCUCCAGCCUGGACAAAUUCCGACCAGAGACGCGUGCUGUGGACGUCAACCGUCGGGACUACCGUGCCUGGUACGGCCUCGGCCAAACAUACGAGGUUCUUGAGCUCCACACAUACGCCUUAUGGUAUUAUAAGAAAGCUGCGGGACUUCGGCCUUGGGACGGCAAAAUGUGGAUGGCCGUCGGGUCUUGUCUACAGAAGAUGGGGCGCGAGCGCGAUGGUAUAAAGGCCCUCAAGCGAGCCCUCUUGGCGGAUGCGAAUUACGACUCCACUGGGGCUAAUUUUGGUGGCAAUGUUGACAAUAACGGUCCCCGGGGAGUGGCAGGCCACCUUGACCCAGAGGUUCUAUUGCAAAUUGCCAGUAUGUACGACCAACUGGGCGAUAAAGACGAAGCUAAGGCGUACAUGGAGCUGUGUAUGGCUCAAGAGGAUGGCGAACAAGAUGUCAGCCUGGGCGAGUCCGUGGUGCUACAUCGGGAGUCUAUGGGAGGUGGAAAAGACGAUGUCGAUCGAGACAGAGAUGGUGGCACGAGUGGUGAAGGGACCGGGGUGACCCCAGCUACCAGCAAGGCGCGUCUAUGGCUGGCACGGUAUGCGCUGAACGAUGGCGAGCACCUCACAGCGUGCCGUCUAGCUCAGGAGUUGUGCCAGGAUGGGGUAGAGGUAGAAGAGGCCAAGGCGUUGAUGAGAGAAGCUCGGGCAGCACUGGAACAACAAAAUGACCAUGGAAGGAGUAGCAGCUAG